AUGUCUGAAUCUAUUACCGCCACUGCUACUCAAUCGAGCUCCAUUUGGUCUCGAAGAACUCAUGAAAAAUCUGCUUUUCUCGCUUCUACCGGCGCGAGACUGAAAUCUGAUACCAAUCCAUCCUCUGCAUCUUCGUCCCCUGCAUCUUCACCUUAUGCGCUUCGUCCAAAGGACACGCCAUUUUCUGAGCCUCUAACCUCCAAGUCUUCAAAGGAAGUGAUCAAGCUCGACGAAGACGGCAAAGUUAUCGUUACGCCUACUUCCGGAACUCAUAUUCUUAUCAACUCAUGGACCAUUUGGUUUAUGAACCGUGGUCCGGGUGUUAAAAUCUCAAACUACCUUGACGCUACCAAGGAACUCCAGUCUUUCUGUAGUGUGGAAGAGUUUUGGCAAAUUUAUGCUCAUCUCAAGCGUGUUGAUAGACUUCCUUUUACCAGUGAGUACCAAAUUUUUCGCAAGGGUGUUAAGCCCAUGUGGGAAGAUCCAGUCAAUGUUAACGGUGGCAAAUGGGUUUUCCGCUUUAAAAGACCAUUUAAAACCUAUAACAAUAAUACCGGCGCAAACAGUUUUUUUAAUACUUCUACUCAAAACUCUGCCAACAAUUCGCUCACCUCUACUCCCACUACAUCUCACGCAUUGCUCGCAACAACCUUUACAAACAAUAACAACUUGCAUCUCAAUACCCAUAAUGGUCCUAACACUGAUGGAACUACUACCCCUACCAUGUCUUCUCCUCAUCAGUUUAACAAUAAUAACAAACCCACUCCCAACUAUGCUCGCUCUCACGCUCGCUUGCUUUGGGAGAAACUCCUGCUUGCCAUGAUUGGUGGGGUUCUUGCGGAAACCGCUGGUGUAGACACUAAUGAAGUCACAGGCAUUGUGAUGAGUGUUCGCAAGGAUGAGGACAUUUUCAGCAUCUGGACACGCUCAGGUGAACAUGGGGAAGGAAAUCCUGAAAUUCGCGAGGCCAUUCGUAAACUUUUGGAUCUUCCUGAAACACAACUAUUUGAAUUUAAAAUUCAUUCUGAGUCUCUCAAAGAGGGUGCCCAGAAACAGGCAUUGUAUAAUAGCAACCUGCUUUCCCGCACACAAAGUGCGGUCAGCAUAUCAUCCACUAAUGCUACAUAUGGUGGCUCUAGUUCUGCUCUUAAUGGAGGUCUUAUUGGCAGCCAUAAUAAUAGUACUACUAGUUUAAAUAGCUUUAACACAAGCUUUGGUAGUGGUUCCGUUAUCACCGGGAUGGCACCUACAGCUGCCAGCGCCGGAUUCCCCCAGCAUUUGCAGUCAACUUUUUCGUCUAACUCAACUGCCGGGAGUUCGUUGUGGGGCACCACCCCCUCAUCUGCUCUUUCUUCUCCUUCUCUCUCUUCUCAGAGUUUGUUUUUACAGUCAAACUCUAGCGGGUCAUCGCUCCUCCAUCAAACACCUGCUCCUGGAGGGUACCCACGCCAUAACCUUGAAAGCGCAGCUAGCAGCAUACUUCGCUCUUCGUCUCCAUCUCCUUCACCAUACUCUACCCGCUUUGGUGCCCCUAGUUCUCUGCGUUCUAGUACUACCGCUUCUAGCAUAGGUGCAUCUGCUGGCGCAUCUGCAGGUACUCCAAAGAACUCGAUAUGGUGA